AUGACUGUGGGUUAUUCGUUGGCAGCAGCGACGGCCAAUGGUUAGAGCUUGAACUUCAACGAAAAGAAGCUCGUAUAGUACAGCUACAACUGUGGUGAGGCUGCUUCUGCGAUGGCACGGCAGCGUCUGGCAGCUGAUCUACCGCGAAAGCGUCGUCUGGAUUCUCCUCAACGCUUUCGCCAGCUGCAUUUACCUGUUCAUCGUCAAGGUUUCUGUCUUUUCCACUCCAACUCCGUUUCAAUACUCCAUCAGGACAGUUCGUUUGAUGACGCUUACAAGCGUUUUCUGUAUAAAAUGGACUCUUUGCCCAUCGAAAUGACGCUCAUCUUCCUGCUCUCCUUCUCGACGUCUACCAACUUGACGCGCUGGCACGCCACCUUCGGACUUCUAGUCUGGCCGGAGAACGUCGCCAUGAUGUUCAACGUGCACUUCAAAGACAGCGCCGUGCUUCUUUGUUGUCUUCGUGGCAAUUCCAAAAUUUCUUGAGGUUUCGCCGAACGUCGCGUUGCGGAUCCGGAGAACUAUUGUGCGUUACCUGAUGCUCGCCUACAUUCUUCUGCUGCGUGACGUCUCCAGCAACAUCCGGAUCCACUGGUUCCCCACCAUGGAGAAGAUCGUCGAGUGCGGCCUUCUCACGAGGUCUCGCUCCCUCUAUUUCCACGGUCAACCUCUUCCAGCCAGGAACUCUCCCUGAUGCGUAGCUCGCGGAUGAAAAGAACCGCAUGCCAUUACUGGAUCCCUUUUCUGUGGAUCCUUCAAAUCGUUAAAAAACGUUACAGGUUUGGUUUUCUAUAUUUUGCCUUGCAGAAAAGAAGAGGAAGCUUGCAAAGUUUGUUAGGAGUUUUCACGCAUUUUGCAGAUUCGCACACGGAACCUUAAAUGAUUAGGGGGUGGGCUAAUAAGGACAAGGCUUGCAGUGCUUGUUUCAAAGUUGGGGGGGGCGCUCUCGAAGAUUGCCUAAGCCUUCUGAAUUCAGUCUUUACUUCAUACUGUUAGGGUAAGGGGGAGGGGGGCAAUUUUAGACUCAGAACUCGCCCUCCAAAUCAUAUUCAGUUCCCUUCCAAAGGUUUUCAUUUUUCGACCCCCCUAGUUCGGCAGGGGGAGAUGGCGAAUCUGAGACCAUAAAAAAAUAGAUUAAUUUAGUCAAUUAUAAGCGAGAAAACUCGCGAAUAGCACAUUUCUGAUAAAUUAUGCCUCGAAUUCCUCAUUGCCUAUCUUGCAUUUUGAUGUUACCUAAUCUCUUUCGUUUCAGAAAGCAAAAUAAAAAAGCAAGUGUCAUGACAGAGGAAGGUUAUGAUCAAUUUGUAGAAGAAGUAGGUUUCUCUAGAUUCUCUUUUUUGCUGGUUGGAGUUUUUUUCUGGAGCUUCUUCAGAUAAUAUCAACACGGGGGACACUCGGAGACAUUUUAUCUUACGACUGGGUGCCUCUUCCAUUGGCUUUGACUCAGGUUUGUUAAAAAGUUAAAAAAAAGAACGGCUUUUGUAAGAGGAAAAGAAAAAAAAAUUCUGGUUUUCACGAAGAUUCUAUUCAGAAAAAUUUGAAUUUUUUUAACAGUUUGGAAUGGAACCAAGUAUCUGGAAAAAUAAUUUUUCCAUAUAAAAACUGAUCGUCAAAAAAAGGUUUAAAAAGACGAAACUAGUCACGCUCAGUAAAUUUAGACUGUUUGUUUUUUUUCCUCAAUUUUUUUCCCAAAAAAAUGUUCCAAAAAGUCGUUUUUAUUUGCUUAUGAAACGUUCCAGCAAUGAUCCAAGUAUUCAAAUUUAAUAUUUCAGACGAUUACUUUUUUUGUUUAUUGUACGCUUUUCGGUAAUAUUUUUCGACUACAGUCUCGUAUAAUUUUGCAGUUAGUUUUCACUUCUUAUAAUCGCUGAAAAUAAUCAUUUAUUACAGGUAUAAAACUAAUUCUCAUGCUGAGGCAAUAAUAGUUCAAGGUAUUAGUAAUUGUUUUCUAAACGUUCUGUACAUCGCCUGGCUGCGGAUCAGUCAAGUGAUAGUGAAUCCGUUCGGAGAAGAUCCUGACGAUUUCGAGGUCGGUUUUUCUUCAAACUAAUUCAAGACUAGAUAGUGAUAUUUAUUUGAUUUGAAAGAAGAUCGCUGGCUGCAUUUUCCAGCUUUCACCUCUUUGAACGAAAUUGUAAAAGUGCGUUUAUUGAUGAGUUUUCUCCUAUUUACCCCAGGAUAUUCUGAUGGAGAAGAAAGUUUUUUUCAAAAACCUGGUUGAGACUUAAGCUAGGACGCUUCAACAGAUCUAAAAUUUAUUUUAUCCUCUUAUUUUUCCGUAGGCUGAAUAUUUGUUGGAGAGACACUGCGAAGUACUCAAUACGAUGCUUUGUUCGCCCCAAGAGGAGGUUCCAUUCGCCUACAAAAAACCGGCAGAAGAUGUUCUGCCGCACACGUUGGCAAGCGUUUUGAUUGGGUGAGUUUGACUUGGUAAGAACGGCUGAGAUGAUUCUGAUAGAGAUUUUCACCUUCUGCUUGGUAUUGUAGAAGCCGUUGCUCGGGGACGAUGGUGGCCUCGACGCAGGCGAUCAGUCAGAACAUGCGCAAGGAGGACAAGAAAGUCGUCUAUUUCAACCCAAUCGAGCAGAAGAAAAACCAAUGA